AUGUAUAGUAAUAGGCAAGAAGAUCUGGAAAAUAUAUCAGAGAAAGAUUUGGAAAAUGAAUUAAAAAAAGCUCAAAAAAAUGAAUCAGAGGAGACUCUGAAAAAUGAAGCUUUGAAAAAUGAAUUGAAGAAAGCUUGGAAAAGUGAAUUAGAAAAAGCUUGGAAAAGUGAAUUAGAGAAAGCUCAAGAAAGUGAAUUAGAGGAAGCUCAGAAAAGUGGAUUAGAAAAUGAACUAUUAUUAGAAUUGACUCUGAGUCUUCAAUUUCAAAGUUGGGAACAAUGCAAAAAGUGGAUUGAUUAA